GGAACCAAGCACUUGUCGCCGAAUCGCCCGAAUGUGUAUAUCUCUUUGUAACUAGGGAAGGCUCUGGAAGAUUCGAAUAGGUUCGUUCUACGGGCUCUUACAUCCUGCCUGCGUUGAAAAGUCUCUCGAGUCUGGACUCUGGACACUGGACACCUGCACCGGUUACAUCCGUUGCAUCCCGCUGUCGUGUAAAAAUUUGUGACAUUUGUCGCACAAUUCAGUGACGUUCUAAAAUCAACAAUGGCAACAAAGGCCGACGAGAUGAGAUUAGAUAUUGAGGAGCUCAACAGCUUACUCGAGAAGGCUAAUAGACAACGAAACAAAGACAUAUUGAUGCUGGAAAUAAGGAAACUGCAGAUGGCAAUGACAAAGUUGGAACAGAAAGAUACGUCUGUCAAGGUGACAGCGCCUUCACUCAAUGCUGCCCAAAAGUGCUACGAGGUAAAAUUGAACAACUAUGGGUGGGACCAGACGAGCACGACAAUGAAGAUCUACAUAACGCUCAACAACGUUCAUCAGCUGCCCAAGGAAGCCAUUGUCUGUGACUUUACAGAGAGAUCUCUGGAUCUGCGCGUAUUCGGUCUGGACAACAAAAAUUAUCACUUGCCGAUCAAUAAUCUGUGCGCGGAGAUUGACACCGAGAAGAGUACCUUUAAAGUGAAGACCGAUAUGGUCGUCGUAUUGCUCGCGAAAAAGAUUGCCCGAGAUUGGUCGCAUGUCACGUUGGUGGAGAAGAGAAUCAAGGAUGCAAAGUCGCCGUCCAUGCCCGAGCUGGGUGAGGAUAACGAUCCCAGCGCCAGCCUGAUGAAUCUCAUGAAGAAGAUGUAUCAGGAUGGCGACGAUGAAAUGAAGAAAACGAUAGCGAAGGCGUGGACCGAGAACCAGGAGAAACAGAGAAACGGCGCGGCUUUGGACUUGUAAUUUUGGUACCGAUCUAGCUAUGAUCUCGAUAUGUUUUAUGUAUAACUUUUUUUAUACAUUAGGAAAGUGUAAUAUAAAUUUUAGAGGAACGCUCAGGUAAUGAGAGUAUAGAAAAUCAUACGGUUUAUCUUUUCUUUGUUGUAAAGAGAGUAAAUAAACGACAUUGGUGUAACUAGGUAUUAGUUUUUAAUUUUAAAGUGUUUAAAGAAAAUUUUUUAAGAUCUAAUUGCAUAGUUAAAGAAAAUAACAUAAAAAUUUAAAUAUCUAAAUUUUGUAAGCAUUUACACGAUUUAUGAAUAUAUCAUUUUUAAAUUAUAAUACCAGCCUGACCGAAGAUGGCAUAUUUAGUUGUGAAAAUCCACUUAUCGGUCAAAGUUUCAUAUUUAUUAAUGUUUUUAAAGAAUUAUAUUUUAAUUUGAUUUAAUUGUGAAAUGUUUAAUUUUUUGUGCCAUGCUUAUGAUUGCGGAUGAGUGUAAAUAAAUAUCAUUUUGUUGUUUAAGAAAAGUUACAUCAUUGUCACAGCACUGAUAUUGAACUAUUGUAUGGGAAAAAAUAUGUGCAUAUUGCGCUAAUAAUUGCUAAAUACAUGCAUUUGCAUUUUCGACGGAUUAUUAAUUAUUAUACAUCUAUUGUGUGUCAUUGGAGAAAUCAAUAAAACAACGUGCUUCAAUUAACUAAAAA